CCCUGCACGGGCACGUUUCUUUCUCUACCUUUGCACUACAUUUACGAAGUACGAAGGAAGAGCUCUGAAGCCGCCUCCACGUCACUAUACACGUCAGGCCAGUCUAGACCCCAGACGAGCUCAUUUCUGGAGUGUGCUCCCCCGUCAGCAGGAAAGCGAGUGAGAAAGCGAGAGAGGGGGAGGAAAGAGAGGCAAGCCAUGCAUGCACUUCGUAUCACGGCAAAUGAACAAGCGGGCCGGCCCCUUGCAAUGCAACGAUGCAGCCUUGGGUGCGUGCGUGAUGGCUACUACUACAAGAGGCAGUGGCGCCCGAAACGCAGAACGACGAAUGCUGAUCCGGCUGGCGCUGAAUGCUCAUGUUGGGCGCCGGCCAGGGUUCGCGAUUCCUCGGGCGAAACAGCACGUGUUUAUUGUUUGGGUUCCUCGGUUCAUUGGACGUGAGAAUAGAAGCAUAAGUCUUUGCGACCGACAAACGGGCUUUCCACAGAACGAAUCGAAAGUGUCGAUGGUUAAUGAGGCAUAAAUGUUCGGGUUGGCGGGUUCCUUAUCUCUUAUCUUGACCUGGCACUUGCACUCUUCUUAUCUCCUGUUGAUGACGGAGAUAAAAAGUCGAAUGGCUGUAUGAAGCCAUCUUCGCCCUAUCAUUGGAUCAUGAAAAGAGAGCUAUGCUCUGGUUGCCGGCCUCUAAAAGAAAAGCUAGCUGCAACGCGCUGUGCUUGAACAAUUCCCACUCUGCGACUACUUAUUUAACGUACUUGCAUAGACGCCCAGGGUUGGUUGUAGGCCCGCAGCACGCCCCUUGCUUCUUACAUGCCGCUUCCGUCGAUCACCAUCCACGAGACUGAAGCCUGAGCGCAAAGGCCUUUUGCGAAAAGACGCUGUUGCUGAUUUGCCCAUCAGGGUAUUCAGCUUGUGCCGAGACCCCCAGUUGAGGCUUCUAGCAUUCGAUUGUCUGCUGGGAUUGAUCAAAUGGCCUCCGCCCAUGCCCGGGAAAAGGUCUCGACAAGGAUGCGAGGAGUGUAGAAGGAGAAGGCGGAAGUGCGACGAAGAGAAACCCAACUGCGGACCCUGCAAUGCAUUUGGCAGGCCUUGCAACUACACCCUCCGGCUCAUCUGGGGGGUGUCGGAGCAUCGUAGACGCGCGGCUGUGGGACGAUGGCGACUACCGAUGACGGCUUUGACGGAGGGGACUGUCUCAGUAUCCGACUGUGGAAAUGAAAACCCCCCAGAUGCCGCCGCCUCCUCCUCCUCCUCCUCCUCCUCCCACCAGCAGACCCUCUCCCUACCACAGCAACUACCCAACGGCGUGCCUCUGCCACCAAGGUACCGGGAGCUGUUGAGCUACUUCACAGAGAACAUACUCGCGUCUCUGUCCUGCCAUCCCGCGAUACACGAGGAUCUCUGCCGCGGGCUGAUCCCGGUGGCUCUCGACUCCCCACACCUGCUAUCCGCAUGCCUCACGCUCGCCGCCGCGGGGUUCCUCUCGCGAGGCCUCUCCGAGAUCGGCGGCGUCGAAAUCUCCCGUGUGCUGGGCCACUUGCAGCACUCGGGGCUCGCGCUGCUGCGGUCGGCCUUGGACAGCGGCGGCGGGCAAGGGCAGCAGCGGCGCUCCUUCUCCGGCGAGACGCUGCUGGCGACGUGCCUCAUCUGGUGCCUAGCCGACGUGUUUGCCUGCGGCCAGGGAGGGGGGAGUUUGCCGUCCUGGCGGAUCCAUCUGCAGGGCAUCAAGGCGCUUAUCGAUGGCAACCGCAGCUAUUGGGAUUUCGGCACCGGUUCGGAGGGCGUGUCCCGCGCGUCCAUGAGGCAUCUCUACCUCUUGUACCUGUCGCUCCGGACGCUGCCGUACGUACCGUCGCCGCCGCCGCCGCCGACACUCGGUCACCCGGGCUCGUCGCGACAGGGGCGUCGAGAAACCGCGCUGGAUCCUUCACACGCAGCGGAUGGCAUGUCACCCGUACGGACUAGCAUCGACGGGUUUCUUGGCUACAGCGAAGAGCUGCUGCACGUCCUGCAGCAGGUCAACGCCAUCUCGAGCCGCGUCGACGACGGCGCCGGCGUGGGUAACAACGAUGGCAGCGCCGAUAACGUGGAGGGCUCGAUCAUCUCACAGUCGGACAUGCUCCUCGGGAAGCUCGCGGGCAUGAUCCGCCGGGACGCCAGCACGCCGCCCUCCGUCGCCUCCAUCCGCACGGCGGCGCUCUCGGACCGGCACGGGCGCGAGUUCCUCCUCUGCCACCGCACGUUCCAGCAGGCGACGCUGGUGCACCUGUACCGGCGGCUGUACCGGCUGCCGUCGGGGUCGCGGCGCGUCCGGGCGGCGGUGGCGGAGAUGGAGGCCACGGCGGGCGAGAUGACGCAGGGGAGGCCGUGCCACGCGUGGGUCGCCAUGGCGAUGCCGCUCUUCACCAUGGGCUGCGAGGCCUUCACCCCCGAGCAGAGGCGCCGCGUGCUCGACAAGGUGGACAGGUUCGAGGCGUGCCUGGGCUCGCUGCACGUGGGUGUCAUACGCAGGGCGCUCGAGGAUAUCUGGAGGGCUAGGAUGGCGCGGGGGGACGUGGACGGCCGCUUAUGUGCCGGGCAGCUACUCGGUGAGCAAGCCAGCUCCAUAUCCUCUUCUCCUUGCUGCUCUAGAGCUCAACUCUCUGUGUCAUCGAAGUUUCAAGCUAACUAAUAUGUUUCACGUAAGAUACGCUACAG